CCCCCCAGCGGGGCACCGUGGGACGACGAGGGAUCUCGCAGAGACAUCGUGGGAUGCGUGCAUCGUAGCUUUAAGUUGAAUGCGCUUAGUUUUAGUUAAUCGUAAGACGAUUGUAAAUUUCAUGUUAGUAUAUUCUAUAGAAUGAUACUAGUGAUACUUGUAAAUUUAAUGUUAGCAUAUUCUAUAGAAUGAUACUAAAACUAGUGAUUUCUUUUACUAUGUCGGUAUUUCAGGUCACGUGCCACGAAAUCUCGUAAGAUGCUUGGUGUAUUAUAUACCUCGUCUGUGAUAACAAUUAGUAACUGUUGGAAUGAAAAUCGGAAGCAAUUGUGGAAUCAACUAGAUAAAUCGGGCCAUUAUCAGACAUCCAAUCUUUUUUGGAUUAGUCUGGAUAAAUCCAAACCCUUUAAUGCCCCAUGUUUUGAGGAUCACUUCGCGUACCAUUUUCAUGUCACAUCCUACCAUAUCGCAAGUUUUGCCCGUGAAAAUCAAAAAAUAUGGACAGUGUUGCCAGCAGAUUUGUCUAUACCUUCUGAUUCCGAUACAAGAGAUCAGUAUCUAAAACUAUUCUAUUUUAUAUUAUGCGUCUAUACAGACAGUCAUGUCACUAUGGCAUUCUUCCAAUUGAUUCUGAAAGCUAAUAAAUUGGAAAAACUGAGGCAAAGUUACGAGGAUGAAAAACUGACAUCAAUCGAGAUUUCGAAGGGCAUUGUCAAGCCUAGAAAGGUUAGAGAAAUCUUUGCCAUUCCAAAAGAGUUUUGGCCGUGCAGAAAGAUCGUUGCAAUUCGUACCGAUGGCACAUUGGAAAAUUACGUAGCGAAGAGCUUUGCAGGAUUUGUUGGUGGAAUAAUCUUGACGUACAUAUUCUUCAUAUUUUUCGUUUUCCAAUUGAACUUUAAACUAUCGUCCGCGACGUUCCUCUGUGCAAUAAUCGGAGCAAUUCUCACUUUAGGUCUUGCGUUUUCUUUCCAAGUUCGAUGCAUUGUGCUUCUACUCUUGCCACAAUUUUUCUCGAAACGUGGAAGGCAAGCUCUAAUGGCGUACGCAUUUAUCUUAGCUUUAACAGGACCGGUGAAGAAUACUUUGCAUAACACUGGUGUGCUCUCAGAAUCAUUGGCCUGUGCACAAGAACAGCUGAAAGAAGCGGUGAAGACCGUCGUAGAUCUGGCGAAGCAACCGUUUUAUGCUUUACGAGAUGCAAUAUCGAAAGUCAUAAAGACGAUCAAGGCAGUCGUGAAAAGGAUCAAGCGGACUUUAAUCGCGAUUAAGAGAGUCGUUCUUAGCAUACUGAGAGUUAUCACUUCGGUAUUCCAGUGGUUGGGAAGUGUCAUAAAUAUAUGCAACAAGAAAUUGGGCACACCUUUCGACAGGUGUCAGGCGGUCUUCGAGGGAGCGGUGGCAGACUGCAAAGCAAAGUUGGGUCCAAUUUUAGGACUAGUUUGCAACAUAACAUACGUAGUCAGCACUCUGUGUUACAUAGUGAAGCCGCUAGACUUCAUUUGCAUGCUUGUUUCUUAUAUCGCCGACACCGUGGUUGGCGUUGUAAAACGUAAGGUCAAGAAGUUCACGAUGCACAUGAAAGCGAUGUUCUACGUUAAGGUCAAGUUCUCCCAUUCGUUUCAGUUUGAAACGAACCAAAGCAGAACGGUAGGAGAUGUGUCCUCGAGUAUCGCCGCAGAAAUACGCUCGAGAACAGACAAGCUAUUUGGGUUCUUCGAUUUCAUGAGUUUCGUCACGUCCUUUUUCAUAUUCUUCAUCAUACUCAGAGUACUGCGUUAUCGUUACAAGUGGUUAACCAGCGAGCGUUUCGACAAUCGAUAUAUAACCAAUGAUCUACGUACCAUCGAUUUGAUAAGGGCACGCCAAGACAAGGAGACAGUUUUGCCAUUAAAUAUACGAGAACGAAACAGAUACGUGCCACUUGCUUCCGUCAGAUUAAUAAAAUCCGAAAGGACUAAAUUAGCAAAGUCUAUAGUGUUUCUAAUCUUGGCCACGAUUAAACUGAUCACGUACAUAGCGGCAGACUAUUGUCUCUAUUGGGUAUUGAACACCAUUCAGCUUUAUGGACGAUUUCAAAGUAAGGUUGAACGACCAAGUGUGGUAACCAUUCACGUAUCAGGCAAAGGCUAUUUAGCUGAUCUUUACAAGAGUAUCGUAAAGGCGUUCACACCACGCGGCAACGAAGCAGAAAUCGACACGAUGCUUUGUCUUCCAACUCCUAUAACUCCCGAUCUCGACAAAUACAUACAAAUCUUCACUUUGAUCUUGCUCUGUUGGUUAAUAGCGUUCUUCGAGCCUUAUGGUUUACGAAUGAGACAGAUCGUUAUGUGCCAGUAUUACCCUGACAGAGCGAAACAAAGAGCAGCUUGGCUGUACAAUCACAUCAUCAGGUCAAGGGCCAGCUUUUUGAAGUUCGCUAGACGUCAAUUACGGCGGAAAUUCGGCUUAACCGAUGGAGAAGACAUCGAGAAAGUGACUUUGAAAGAGAAACUGUGGACUAUGUUCCCGCUAUUGAACACGUUUUUCCCACUGAAGCAAAAAGCGUGCCUUCUGUGUGGCGCGGUCGAACGUGCUGAACUUUUGCAUGUCAAAUGCCCAACCCCUGGUUGCGUUGGUCUAUAUUGUACGCAGUGUUUCGUCGAUUUGCAGAACUUGUGCACCAUUUGUCGUUCACCGAUGGACUACGGUGACCUGUCCGACAUGAGCGAAGAAAAAGAUUCUUCGGAAGAUCAGCUUGAAAUACCGAGAAGAGCGAUACUCGAAGCAGAGAGAUUAAAAUUAGAGGAAAGGAAAAGAAUAUUGGAAGAAGAAGAUAAAAUGGUGGAGAAGAAAGAUAUUACAGUUGACGAGGAAGAUGAAACGGUGGAAGAAGAAUAUGACGAAGAGUACGAAGAGUACGAAGAAGAUGAAGAUGUAGCAAGAGAAAGAUAUGAAGACGUAUUAGAGGAAGAAUUUGUAGAUGAAGAGAUCACGGAGGAAGAAGAUGAAGAAGACGAAGAGAUGCUAAGUGAGGAAGAAGAAGUAAAGAAAACUUUAAUACCUGACAGAGUACGGAAAAGAGAAAAAGAAGAAAUAGCAGAAGAGAUGAAGAGGGAAAAAGUGGAAGACGACGUCACUGUACAAACGGAUGAUAAAUGCCUGGAAGAUCUCGAUCUGAGUACCGAAUACAGUUACACUUAUCAAGAUGAAUCUCCAGAAGAGGUCGAAAUUGAGAAAGCGAGAGAACGAUUCAAAGACGUGGAAGCACAAAAAAUUCGAGACGAUGUAACGAUCCAAAUAUUUAACCAGCCAUUUGUUAAAGAACCAAUCUGCACUAGCGAAUCGCCGACUUCCGGCUUCGUCGUAAGAGCACGUAGGAAAGUUCGUGCCAAAUUAAAAAAACGACCGACUGCCAGGGUGAAAGAUACGGAUUCAUCAAGUUCGAUCGCCGACACGGAAUUCUGGCAGAGCGAGGAAGUCGACGAGGAAGAAGUAAUACACAUAGAAGUAGACGACGGCUCGGAAGAAUUACUCCCGAAGGAUAGGGAGGAUAAGAGGAAACUAGGUCGUAUAAAUAGAAUCGUCAGUGCAGUUGCGAGAAUUCCUUGGCUCGGCAAAGGAGAAGACGACAAAAAGACAUGCAAAGGACUGCGAAAGAAACGUCCGUCUCUUAUGGAUACGAUUGUCGGUAUGCUUCACAGAAAACAAUCGAAACCAGCGCAAUUAUAUAGAAAAAUCAGAAAGACGAAGGACUCGUCGUUCUCCUCUUCAUCCUCAACGAACGAUGAAACCGAAAGUUUGCUAAGAGUUCAAGACACUGAUAGAACAUACUUCACUAGGAAUAAAAGGACAUCAACGGAAGAUAAUUCUGAUGAGAUUCUGACUAGAAGAAGGGCAUCGUACGAAAAGAAAUUCAAGACGAAACGAUUACCAAGGCAUUUAGAAUCUGCUGUGAGAGACACCGCUUACUUCGAGGUAGACGAGACUACUGAUUCGCGAAUAAGGAAAUGUGUUCGUCAAGUAGAGGAUAUCAACGAAUCGUCAGACAUAAAAGCGCCAUCAGGGGUUAAAUAUAGAGACACGUGGAGCACGACGGAAAACGAUGAAUUAGUAUUAUUAUAUUUAUACUUGAAAGAAAUUGUAUUGCUUUGUGCUUCUGAUCAUUCAGAGAUGGCGAAACGAAGAUUCGAAAUGCCUAUGGUAAAAAGAUAUUUGCCUAUGUAUCAGAGUCCAGAACUGAUCGAAGAAUUGAAAAGACACGAUCGAAUGAGAUUAGUUCAAGAAAGAGAAGCUGAAAGACAUAGAAGCAGAAGUCGUUAUCAACCUUCGGAUUCAAUCUCGACAGACAUUAAAAAGAAAGAUCGACGAAUCGAUCGUUCUCCUACACUUGGUCCUUCGUUUAAACCAAGCAAACAAGAUGAAAGACUUCCGUAUCAAGAAUCGAGAGCAUAUAAAAAUGUGUUGCGCGAAUUUCGGAGAAGGGCUGCACGUGAAGAAAGCAGUGGAGAACGUAGAAGUAGCGUGCCAUUAAUAUGCUUGUCUCAAAAGGCGGAUAAAAGUAAGAAAGUAAAGCAACUGUAUCCACUGCGAAGUCAAGCUCGACGAAAGUCGACCGCGAUAAAAAAAUUGGCUCGUAAAAUAGUAGCGCCACUCAAGCCAUCUAAAUGUAAAAAGCACAGAUGCAAAACACCCGGAGAAAUGGAAACUACGUGCUAUGAUUGCUUAUGUGAUCCAGAAGUUUUGAGCGAGGCAUCCUCCACUUGUAAUUGUGUUGGAAAGACACGUAAAUCUAGUACCUUAACAUCCGCUGAUGAAACGGGUGAUAAUAACGAGCCGAUUCAA